AUGAUUCCCGGCCUUCCGGACAUAAAGAUGCUCGACGCGGAGGCCCUCGGGGGCCUCCUUGAAGACAAUCUUUCCCCGCCGGAGAUCACCUCUAUCCUGUACAGUCACCUACAACGAGUAUUCGGUACCAACGGAGCGAUCUUCGCCUACGGCUCUCCCCUCCCCACGCGACAGCUACGCAACCUUAGCGCAACCUACGGCGCCGCCUACACAUGCUACGCGAAGACCGCAUCAAGCGGUAACCUCACAGGCGUCAACCCAGCCAGCCACCCGUCCUCCUACGUGACCGCGCAAUCGAUCUCCCUCGGCGACGUAGGCUCGAUCGUCUUCGAGCUCGACGACCUAGUCGCAGUCGUGACCCGAAUCGCUGACCGAGUCCUCCUCGCCGCCGUCGGACCCUCCAAACACGAGCCCGAGGGUGCAACAACCCAAAACGGCCAUUCCACCAAACAAGCCCCCGACGGCGCAGACACAAGUGGCCCCAACGGCACCCCCACAAACGGACGCCCCUACAGCAUCUCCCGCAGCCACAGUGACACCACCAUCCGCGCAGACGCGCAGCUCGAAUCGCAGUACGAGAUCGACCGCACAGACGACCUCGCCCGUCUCUCCAGCUUGAACCUCUCCGCUUCACCCGCUAUCCUCCUCGCGCUGGAAUCCAAAUCCGCCGCCCUGGGGAGGUUUCUCAGCCAGAAGCUAGAAGAUCUGGAGAGCCCAGAGGACUUUUAAACCUUAAAAGCUACCUUACCUUACCUACUGCAUCUUCCUCUUCUUUAUCUCCCUAGCUUAGCUCUAUCAUCGUUCUUCUGUUUCUAUUAAGUUGCCUGUCACGAGACAUACGAUUCAUCCUCCUCGUCCCUCAUCCCUCCCAUUACAUGUACUUCCUUCUUCGCCUGAUGCUGUUCCACAUGGCAUACAUACAUACCACAGCGUCCUUAUCACAUAUUUCUAUCUUUAUUUGUAGUAUGUACGUAUGCAUGCCUACAUGUACGUAUGGCUAUCUGUGCUCUUCCACCUGUUCUCCUGCUGAUGACGGACCACCCCGCUUCGGAAAAUGGAGACCAACAAAC